AUGACUCGCGUAGGCGCAAGAUGGCAUGCUUUAAGAGCUAUCCUGUCGAUACGUCAUGGCCCCGGAGCCGCCAUCGUCCCGUCGACUGUCACGAGGAUACACAUGGAGUUCGCCAAAACCAUAGGAGAAGGCCACGCGGGCCCAAGGAAAUUCUGGAAGGAAAUGCUGCCCCGCCUAAAAUACCACAACCCCGCGAUCCCCAUGAUCGUGAACCGCAAGGCCGCGAACGAGGGCGCGGCCAUCAUGUCCGUCUACUUCAGGACGACCCCCACGCCCAUCGACCCCGCGACCCUGCCACAGCCCCCCUCCUCCGCCGUCGACCAGAGCAAAGCCCCGACGCCCAUCGAAGGCGAGCGCGUCGUCAAGAUCGACAUGAAGGGGAAGCGUUCCGAGGAGAUCCUGGAGCGGUUCGUCGCCGAGACGGCGGCCCUGGCCGUGCAGCCGACCCCCGAGGAGCUGCGCGAGAUGGAGGAGGUUAAGGAGCUGCGUAUCAAGGGUCAGCAGGACCGCGAGGCCGUGGCCGAGAUCCGCGACGCGGCGAAGAAGGAGAAGGCCAUGCUGGACAAGGCGCGUGCCGAGAUCGGUUCAUAA